AUGUCAUCAGAAUACGCCAAAUUAGUUGCUAGCCUUUCUAAUCAAGAUAUUUUAAGCAAAUGGCCGGAAGUCACCCCAUUGAAGAAAAUUUCUGGUAUUCCAAGAUCUGCUGGAUCUGACAGUAGUGAUUCUGAUUUAUUUGAUGGUCAUGAUGAAGAACAAAUUAGAUUAAUGGAAGAAUUAUGUAUUGUUUUAGAUUAUGAUGACAAGCCAGUUGGUGCAGGAACAAAAAAAUUGUGUCACAUAAUGGAUAAUAUCAAUGCUGGGUUAUUACACCGUGCAUUUUCUGUGUUUUUGUUUAAUGAAGAUGGGAAAUUAUUAUUACAACAAAGAGCUGAUGAAAAAAUCACUUUUGCAAAUAUGUGGACAAACACUUGUUGCUCUCAUCCUUUAUGUGUUCCAAGCGAAUUAGGUGUUGAUUCAUCAUUGGAAGGAUCAAAAGAUGUGAACGAUUUGACCAAUGCAGUUAAGGGUGCUAAAGUUGCUGCACAAAGAAAAUUGGAGCACGAAUUGGGAAUACCAUUCUCAGAUUGUCCAAUAGAAAAUUUCACAUAUUUGACUAGAAUCCAUUAUAAAUCAGCAAGUGGUGACGAAUCUUCCAAAUGGGGAGAACACGAAAUUGAUUAUAUAUUGAUUUUGAAAACUAAAAAUGAAAUCACUGUUAAUGCUAAUUAUAAUGAAGUUAGAGAUUUCAAGUAUGUCAAUGCUGACGAAUUGAAAGCCAUGUUUGAAGAUGAUUCCUUGGUGUUUACACCAUGGUUUAAAUUGAUUUGCCAAUCUUUCUUAUUCAAAUGGUGGGAUAACUUGGACAGUUUAGAUCAAUUCAAAGAUGAAGAAAUUCAUCGUUUACUUUGA